AUGCCUUCUCGAACCUCGCCCGUCCCACAGUUGACGUCGGUUGACAAGCUGCGCAGCAUUGCUAUGAGCAAAAGGUCAUCUGAGCCGGAAGCCGAAGUCGGCAGGAUGAGAACCCAGAACCUCAUCUUGAAGUCUGAGAACCGUUCUCCCAUGUCCGAGGGGGCUUCUGCCAGCCCAAUGAAAAACGAUACAAGAAAUCGAACAAUAAGCUUGAGGAAGAAAACAAGGCGCUCAAGGAGAAGGCCUGAAUUUGAGAACAAGAGUCCCGAGAAGAGACUGCGCACUAUCAUACGUGUUUGGCGUACGGAGCAAGUGAGGCAUCUGGAGCAGAAGAGCACACUUUGUCCGCUAUACGGGAACUGUGAUUCGUCGUGUCGGUCAGUCAUCAGAUCUGCCACCACCAUAGGCAAGAAUACAAUAAGUCUAAGGCUCUAUAAAUUGUCUGCAAAGCAAUGUGAUGUCAUCGCUGCCCCAGCCAGCAGAGAGGUAGAUGCGUCGAACUGCAGUCGACCAGAAGACCCACCUAGGGUUCCUUCGAAUGGAAGUGCCCUCUCUAUACACAUGCCCACCCCGUGUCCCCGCGAGGUGCAGAGCAAAACUCUUGCGGGAGCAACCAACUCCACAAUCAGAUAA